CAGUUCAGAUAUAGCGAGCGGCGGUAAAUUCGGCAACAGUUGCGAUCCUCCUUUCAACUUCUUUUCCUCCUAUCUUGUUUUUAUUAUUCCGUUCCUUUUUCCAUUUUAUCUUCUUUUAUAUUUGAUUUAGAAUUUGUUAUCAACCUGCACUCCAACGGACCUUCUGCUUCCUAGUGAACUUUUUAUCCACCUUCGCUUCUGUUCCGACAACGAUAGCUACAAGAUCAGAAAGACAGACAAUUGUGUUUUCUUUUUUUUUUUUUUUUUUUUUUUUUUUUUUUUUUUUUUAUCAAAAGACAAAAAUAAUAUUACGUCAGUGCUUAUCGCGAUACUACAGACAUUUAUACAUCGCAAAAGUCUUCUUAUUGCAACAUUAAAUUUCGAUCAAUCGAUUCAAAAUGUUCGCAGAAGUCGGCAGAUUGUAUAAUGAUUCGUGUUGGCACGCGAUCUUCGAAAAGACUCAGCAGAUUAUCUCAAUAGACAUUAUCAAGUUUUUUGUGCUUGUAGUGCUAGGUGUUCAUUUAGUGGGAGAAAUGCUAAAACAAAAAAAGAAAUCGCCACCUGGUCCAACAAUUAGUAGCAGGUUUAUGAACAGAAAUCUGCCCGUAUAUUUGAAAUAUACAAAGUGGGCUAAACAGUUUGGUCCAAUAUACAAGAUUUCUAAGGGCUAUCAUAAUCAAGACACUAUCGUCCUGAGUUGUCCUAAACUUAUACGCGAAGCGUUCAAUAGGGAGGAGUUUACCGGCAGACCGCAUUCCGAGUUCAUGGACAUCCUCGACGGACACGGCAUUAUCAACUCAACCGGUGACUUGUGGAAGAAUCAGAGAAAAUUCCUUCAAUUGAAAUUAAGAUACUUAGGCAUGAAGUUUGGCGAUUUUCAAUCGAGAACAUUGGAGUACAAGAUUGGGCGUGAGAUUGACACAUAUGUGAAGGCAUUACUUCAAACAAAUGGAAAGCCUACAAACAUUUCCCCUCUUCUAUCACUGGCUAUAAGUAAUGUGAUCUGUGGCCUAAUGAUGAGCGAAUGCUAUAGUCUUGACAACGAAAAAUUUGAGAGAUUCAUGACUCUUAUCAACGAAGGAUUUAAACUCUUUCCUAAAAUAAAUUCUUCGUGGAAGCACUAUCUCUCGUUUAAGAAGCAAGAUAAGCAAGAUAUAUCAAAAAAACUUGCCAACAAUCGUAACGAACUAGAUAAUCAUAUGCAAAUGAUAAUAGACGAACAUAGAAAUCAAUUUGAUGAAAACAAUAUUCGUGAUCUUGUGGAUGCUUACUUGCUUGAAAUCAAACAGUCUAAACAAGAAGGUCGGGAUAAACAGCUUUUUGAAGGAAAAGAUCACGAUCGUCAUAUGAAACAAAUUAUGAACGAUCUUUUCUCCGCUGGUGUGGAGACGGUGAAGACCACUUUGGAAUGGGCAGUAAUUUUGAUGUUACAUCAUCCGAGAGAAGCAGAAAGAGUGCAACAGGAAUUGGAUCGUGUCGUAGGAAGAUCCAGACCAACGCUAAAAGAUUUUGACUUCCUUCCAGUUACCAAGGCGACAAUUCACGAGAUUAUGCGCUUCCGUACUGUCGUAGCGCUUGGAACCACGCACGCCACUACACGAGAUGUGGAAUUUAAAGGUUAUACUAUACGAGCCGGUUCCGAAGUGAUACCGUUGGUGCAUGCAGUGCAUAUGAAUCCAGAACUCUGGACAGAUCCGGAAGUCUUCCGACCAAGCAGGUUUCUAACAGCUGACGGCAAUUUCGUCAAACCAAAUGCUUUUAUACCCUUCGGCAUCGGCAAACGAAUGUGUCUGGGUGAGACUUUGGCAAGAAUGGAAAUAUAUUUAAUUUUCAGUGCGAUGAUGCACACUUUCGAACUGAGAAUACCUUCAGACGCCUCAUUGCCUAGCCUCAUAGGCAACGAGGGCGUCACGAUUUCGCCAGAUCCUUUCCAAGUUUGCUGCAUACUGCGAGACAUUCCUUGCAAUAGCAUUCGAAAAGUCGGCAGCUAUUAAACGUUCUCAGCGGAUUCCAAAAUACGAGCACGGUAGUUGUUCCUAUUGUCACGUACAAAUGAGAUUUACAAGUCGAACAUAUAGAUUAUCGUGCGUUUCCAUACAAGCAAAUGUCAUAAGAUUUGUGUGGGCGUGUGUGUGUGUAUAGAUUUACUAUAAAGAGAUAUAAAAAGCCAUAUUCCAACUACCAGUUCGAUAGCUUACUAAUUAAAUACCUGACGGCAGUCAGAUAUUGACAUAUUAAUAAUGUUUCAAAAACUUGGCAAAAAUUGUUAAAAAGUUAGUAAAUAAGUUUUACAAAACAAUUUAUCUUGAAGAUAAAAUCGCAUAAAAUAGAUAUAGUAAACUCUUGAUUUCAAUUCUUUAGAAUUCCCUAAAGUUCUUUUCGAUCUCUACAAGAUUCGACGACAGGUUUAAAUCAGAGAUCUACUAUACAAUUUAUAUUUUUGAUCACUUUUGCAUUAAAUUGUUGAAAUAAGUUACAUCUAACUUUGCGAUCCGUAAGAGAGAAAGAAGUUUUUUUUUUUUUUUAAACAUCAAUAAAAAAUAACAUAUCUCACAAUAUAUCUAAAA